GCGAGCUGCUCCUGCAGUUCGUCGCCCCCGCGGCGGCGCUUGCCCGAGCUGCGGUGGUGCCCGCCGGGCGGCCAGGAUUCCAGUGCGCCUUGGUGCUCGGCGCGAGCAUGCCCAUGGGCGGUGACGCCAUCGAUGCUGAGGAGCAACGUCCGAGAACGCAAUGAUCGGUGCUGA